CGCACUCCUCACGGAAGAAGACGUCAUCCUACAGAUAAACCGUUUGUACCCAGAAGCGCAAGAUGUCGUGGAUUCGAGAAGGGGAACUGAGCCUCAUCGAACGGCUCACAGCCAAUAUUCUGAAGGCCGGGCCAAUGCCCAAGCAUGUGGCCUUCAUCAUGGACGGAAAUCGCCGCUACGCCCGCAAGCGGCACGUGGAGCGGCAGGAGGGACACACGCAGGGCUUUGACAAGCUGGCAGAGACUCUGCGCUGGUGUCUGAACCUGGACAUUCGGGAGGUGACGGUGUACGCAUUCAGCAUUGAGAACUUCAAGCGCUCCCAGGAGGAGGUGGAUGGGCUGAUGGAACUGGCCAGACAGAAGUUCAGCCGGCUGCUGGAGGAGCAGGAGAAUCUGGAGAAGCAUGGGGUGUGCAUCAGAGUGCUGGGAGACCUCGCCCUGCUACCCCAGGACCUCCAGCUGCUCAUCGCCAAGGCCGUCGUAGCCACCAGGACACACAACAAGUGCUUCCUGAAUGUGUGCUUCGCCUACACCUCCAGACAUGAGAUCACCAACGCUGUGAAGGAGAUGGCGUGGGGCGUGGAGCAGGGCCUGAUCAAAUCCAGUGACAUCUCGGAGUCCCUGCUGAGUAAGUGUCUGUAUAGCAGCAGCUCUCCUGACCCGGACCUGCUCAUCCGCACGUCCGGGGAGGUGCGACUGAGCGACUUCCUGUUGUGGCAGACGUCCUACUCUUGCCUGGUGUUCCAGUCCGUGCUGUGGCCAGAAUACUCUUUCUGGAACCUGUGUGAGGCCAUCCUGAAGUAUCAGCUGAGUUAUGCAUCUCUGCAGAAAGCUCGAGACUUGCACCGGGACCAGCAGACCCGUCAGCAGCUGGAGGCCGAUCACUGCUGUGUGGUGGAGCUGCUGUUGCAUCAUGGGAAGGCAGCAGACACCCAGAGCAGACAGGAUCACCUGCUGAGCUACACGGCGGCCCGAGAGGGCCGGGUACGAGACUUCCUCAGCGCCCUCCAGCACAAGAGGGACAGUUUCUUCACCGAUCUGACCGGACUGACCGCUCUUGCCUAGCCCACACUGUAGCAUCUCAGAGGGGGGCCACUCAGCCCGGUGGUUGUGUGUAUAUAUAUACGUGAAAUGAGAAGGCUUUUUACCCCUAUGGGGCAAUGGAAUAUUUAAUUUACUGGCUUAUAGAAGUUUGUCCAAAUCUGUAAUUUGUUAUGUUGUGUAAGACAUAUCAGAUGUGAUUGAUAUAAUGGUAAUGACCCUUGUUUUUGUGAAGAAAACUGUUUCUAUGGACAACCCAUACAUUUCUACACACAGGAGCAUGAAGCCAGCCAUUUAGGGUUUUAUAAGACAAGAAACUGAUCGAUGAAAAAAAAAAAAAAAAAAAAAAAAACUUGAUG